AUGCGUCAUUAUUCUCCUGACAGUGCUUCUGUUGUUACAGUUUGCGCUAUCACACCCUCUUUUAUGGCCAUCGCCAUACGUCAGGUACCAAUUUUGUUUAUUAUUGUUACUGAUAACCUUGAGAAAGAUUUCCUGAAUGACAAGCACGGAAUUGGCAAAAGAGCUUUUGACCGCUACGACUGGGCAGGUGUGUUUGAAUUUGGAGCUCCACCAUGGAUGCAUAGGUAGACAUGUUGUAUUUCGAAAGUCGCUUAUUUUAUUUUCAAUAUUUUUUUUAUUUUAUACCUUACGUUAUUCCAAUUUAAACAUAAGCCCUUGUUCAUGUAUUACGUUACGAUUAAUUGCUUUUCCAAGCAAGGCAUAUCUGUUUUGUUGUCAUAAGUUUUUUUUUUCAUUUAAUUGAACAAUUUUCUGUACUGAAUAAAAACUGGCAGA